GGACAAUAGUGAAAACCUAUUUGUCAUCCCUUAUAUGUCACCAACCAAUCAGAACGAUAGGGAUGAUUUGGAUCUUAGUUUAGUUAAAAUUUCCUGUGAGGAACUUUUGGCAUUAAGUAACGACCCAGAUCCAUAUACUAAAAUAUUACCAUCGAAAAAAAGAGAACUCUUGCCUGUAGAAGUAAUUGCAAAAAUAUUUCCAAGAGACUCUCCGCCACCCUCCGAACAUGUUCAUAUUCUAGUUGAACAACCAAUAUGUGGAAGCUCUGAUGAAUUCCAAUAUGAAAUCCGGCCGAGAAGUGAAAAUGACAAAAUUUGGAUAAUAACUGCGUGCGUUUAUACUACCCCAGAGACUUCUGUUGUGAUAGACUCUCUCCUUCGACAAGAGAUUCGACAUAGCCAAGCGUUAGUUAUUGACGAGAUUAUGGAAAAAUGUAAACAAGAAGAGAAAUGGAAUAAUGAAUGGAUAGGAUGGCCUAAAGAUGGAUCAUUGGAAACCUAG